UAUCCGUCCGCCCUACAGCACCAUAACAGGCAACACCAAACAGCCGUCGGGGUGGAGCGCCUCUGUCAACACUGAACUCAACCGCUUCCGCCAUUUGAAAUAUGAACCCUGCUGUGUUUUCUUCGACAUGAACGCCGGGACGCCUUGUCCUGUCGCCGUGUCUUCUCCCCGAGUCCACUGACGCCUCCGGUGAAGGAUCGGCCGGAGCAGACUUCGCGUGUAUUUAUGGCCGGCCUGUCUCACUUGGUGCUCCGUUUUUCGGGCUCCGCCGGUCGCACUUACGGGGUGUUUUCCAAAGGCUUGACCAGGACUUUAUUGAUAUUUUUCGAUCUCGCCUGGCGACUGAGAAUCACAUUCCCAUACCUCUAUCUCGUCGCCUCCAUGAUGUUUAACGUCCGACUCCAGGUCCACAUUGAAAUCCACUGAGCCUUCGAUGUGUAUUCUGGAUGUCCAUGCCUGAAGCAUCAGGCUCAGUCAUGUUUCGACUGCCUGUUAGAUAGAUGGACUAGUCUCAGCAAGGAGCAAAAAGACACAUCUGAGGACCGCUAUGAGACCCAACAUGUUACAUUUGGAAGAUAGAAGAUGCCAACAGAGAUCCAAUGAUUGUUUGUCCUCCUGACAACGUUUACCAAGAGUGACAGAGGAAUCUAUGCUCGGUCAAUGUAAACAUCUCACAAAAGAAAGUGCAAUUUUUUUUUACCGUUACUUUGAUGUGUUUUCACCCCCCUGCGAAGCACGUCUCUUCAGGUGGUUUGGACACUAAUGUUUUGUCCCUAACACUGACUGCAACUUCAAGGGAAUGAGCCGCAUGUUCUUUGUGAGGAGAAAAAAAAUCACAUUGUACAUUUGCUCUUCAGUGGUACUGGAAUUGUAAUGUUUAUUUUAAAGAAUUGUUUGAAGAGGCUCUGUUUUUUUUUAACCUUUAGUUCUGUGAUGGACACCUUUUUUAGUCUUUAGUUCUCCUGCCUCUUUUGACUCGCCUAAUGAAAUAAAAUUUAGAUUUCAUUAAGACAAACGAAGUGACAAAAUUGAUGUGAAAAAGAAAGAAAUGUUGUACAGACAGAUGUAGCGACGCUAUUGUCCACAAGAUGGCGGCAGGUUAUCUACUUUGGUUUUGCGGUAGACUUGCCCGCACAGACGCACUUGUCUGUGUGUUUCACCGGACACCUCAGGCCUUAUUUUUGCACCUAUUGUCUAUGAUGGACACAUAAAGACAAGUUGCCUGGUGGUCUGUUUGCCAAGAGGGAGUCUGGAAAAAAACAAUGUUGAAUAAAAGCUUAAAAAAAAAACCCAAACAUUCUUCAUCCAUUAGUAUCCGUUUUUUUAUUAUUUAUAGUGUGUAGAAAUACUAAACAGUCCUCUGCAAUCUCUUUACUAUUUAAUUCUGCAUGAAUUUAUUCUUGUUCUUGUGUUCAAACGACUUAAACACUCAAUGAAUAGUUCAAAUAUUUGUACUCAAACAAGAUUUCGAACUCCUCUGCUUCUCAUCAAAACAGGAAAUGAGGCCUUAAUUAAAAGUGGGACGAAGGAAAUAUCAUAACUUAGCAAUUCAAGAGAGGAAUCUUUCCCAAUAAAGACAUGGAUGAAGAAAAUACAGAGCAAAUGUCUUUAGCUUGCGUCAGCUUGGUAGAAAACAUUUGGUGUCCAACAAGAAUAUUAAUGUCCAUAUUUGAACACAUAAAUCCACCUCAG